AGACCAGCUCAUUGUAUAAAAGUUUCUGAUAACAACAAAGUGAAUUUGUUGUCAUCAGCCUUAUUUUAAAUUCUCUCAAGUCUCAACUGUCGUGCCGAAAUUAUGGAAACUGUGUCGAGAGAAGAACUUAAAGUACAGUUUACCGAGCUAGGUGUUCAAAUUGAUGAGGAUGUGCUUGAUGUUUGUUAUGAACUUUGUGUGAAAUAUGGUCUGGGUGAAGCUGAUCUGGUGGAAUCAUGGAUUGCGUACAGCUUCUCUACAUCCAACGGUGCGUUGCCGACACUUGACAACAUAAGAGCGUUUGAGCGAGUUGAAUUUAUAAAUAAGAAGAAACCAUCAAUGUCUAAAACAAGUUACGUGCCAAUCUUCAGUGCAGCUGACAAUAAUUCACCGAUCAGAAAUUCAUCAUCCAACAAUAAAUGCAAGACACCGAAUUAUAAAAACUCCCAGGAGAACUUCCGAUUGAACUUUUCGCCCGCUGGAUUCUCCCCUGACAUUUAUACACCAUCCACAAAAUAUAGUAGCAGAAAAAACAGUGGACAAGUUUUGGCUACAGUCGGGAAAUCGCUGUUCAGCUGGGAAUCUAAAAGCCAAAACAUGAAUGUAAAAGAAUAUAGAGAGACAAAUUCAAAAGAUUGGAAAUAUUUUUAUAGCACACUGCGAAAUAUGUCCCUGAUUAUAGAAGACUCAUCAAUGGAACUUGCUCAAGCGAUACUUAAACAUCAUGCACUCCCUGAUCCUUCGCCAAUAACCAAUCAAACAGAAGAAACAAUUUUUAUUGGUCGCAUUUGCCUUAUUGAAAAGAACAAACCAGUCUUUAUUUAUGAUUUAUGCUCAAGUGAUGAUGGAAAAGAGGACAGUACAAAAGAGCUUGAUUUAACUAAUAUUAAUGAAUUUACAUUAUUUCCUGGUCAAGUCGUGGCCAUUAAAGGAACAGCAGUUAGUAAUAAAGUAGUUGCAACUGAAAUCUUUAAUUCAGCACCUUUGCCUCUACCUCCUCCGCCUUCGUUUUCAGGUAACUUGGAAAUUUGUGUUGCGGCUGGUCCUAUGACUCUUAGUGACACUCUCUCUUAUGAACCAUUUCAAGAUCUUGUUAACUAUGUGAUAAAAAAUAAGCCUAAUAUAUUGAUAAUUAUCGGACCGAUUCUGGACUCGAAUCAUGUCAAAAUUACUGAAGAUGGAGUUGCUGAAACAUUUUCAGAUUAUUUCACAAGGCUGAUAAAACAAAUGGAAGAAUCUUUUCAAAACAUUAAUAUUCAAGUGUUUAUAAUAUCAAAUUCAAAAGAUGCUAUGAACAUACCAGUUUAUCCAACACCAGUACCAUCGUCCAACAAUUUCAGUAAUAAUAUAAAGUUCUAUCCAGACCCUUGCAUUAUUGAUAUAAAUGGGUUGAUCGUUGGAAUCACAUCAACAGAUUUAUUACUUCACUUAGGAAAAUAUGAAUUAUCUAAAAUACAAUCGAAUCGUCUUGGUGUGCUGGCUGGGCAGCUAAUUAAUCAACGUUCAUUCUACCCUUUGUGGCCAAACGAAAGUGAUUUUGUAUUUGAACUUAACCUUUGGCAGAAAUAUUCAAGGCUACCUGUCACUCCACAUAUCCUGAUUAUGCCAUCAGACUUGCAUUGUUUUCUCAAAGAAACCGCUGGGUGUUUGAUUGUUAAUCCAGGACGGCUUACAAAAGGCAUGGUGGGCGGGACGUUUUCAUGUAUUGAAAUUCAGUCUCAAGAGGAGUCCUUGGAGUGGAAAACAGAUACCCACAUUGCAGCUAAAAUAAUAAGAAUUUAA